ACGCCACCAUGAUACGUGCUCUUCUACAUAUUUCUGACUAGUCUUAUCCGCUUACCCUAAGACAUGGUGGGUGGGGCACUUCACACUAACCAACAAUCUGUAUAUAUGGAAGAUGGUGCUGGAUUGCAGGGCAAGAUUUAGUAUUGUGCCAUAUGGUCAAUCAAUGUAUGCUCUGAGUGUAGGGACAUGCUGUGGCUGCGAUCCAGUCCGGUUGUGACAAUCGUGGCAUGGCUCCGGUUGGGUUGUGACAAUUUGAUAAUCAUCAUUGGUUUCUCACCAAGGUACUAUUGUUAACAUUCCACAUUGAGUUUGUUUCUGACGGGGGCUUUUUUUAGAAUAUGCUAUUUUAUGGAGUAAUAUCUGAUAAUGCUAACUAGUUUGUUUGUAAAAUCAUAAUUCAAUACAUCACGUGGCGUUCUAUGUGGAUUUAUGGUAGCUCUCUAUAUAGCAGGCAUGAGACAUCAUGUUAUGCUACUCAUGAUUUUUUCUAUUACUAAUCUUAGCUUUUCUUUUUUUUUUUUGUUGUUCUUUAAAUUUUUGGGAAACUUUAUGGUAAAUUCAGCAUGUUGGAGGCAUUAAUUUUUCUACUAGUAGUCUUGACUUCUCUUAUGUAGAUUUAUGUUAAAGCCUGUAUGUAGUAAGCAUGAGAUAUUAUGACACUUAUGAUUUUUUUCUACUACUUUAUCAUGUCAGUGGUUUAUAUUGCAGUAGAAAUAGAGAAACUAAGAAUUUUAUACUACAAUUUAUUUGGACAUGGCUAAAAUAAUCAAGCUAUUUAUCAACGUAUUAAUUUAGAUAUGUAGAAACUUGGCAAGCAUAUUGCCUCAAACGUUAUUUUUUUAAUUUUUUUUUUUUUGUUAUUAUGUGAGGACUGAGGAGUAAGGAUUUGUAAUUGAUAUGCACUUUUCUAACAUCAUAAGGGUAUUGUAAAAGAAUUCCAUUUGAAUGUUAAUGUACAUAAUUUCUUCUUCCUUUAAUUUUAUACAAGAGUGUCCUUUAAAUUUAGCCUUUUUCUUUUUUAACUACAAGUUACUUUAAAAGGUAAAUAGCAGAUCAUUUCUUACAAUAUAAAAUUUGCACAUUUCUUAUGGCAGGCACAAGUGUGAACUAAUAUAUAAUAAUUUGAAGUUUUCUAUUUUUUAAUAUACUCAUUUAUUUUGAUUUAUUAUUUGAAAUUUAUAUUAGGAUUUACAACAUCUGUAUUAACUAUUAUGUUUAUUUUCAUGAAUGGAGUAAUUUUGAUGUAAUAACAUAUAUAUAAAGAUAAAUAGGUAUGAAAGAUGAAGUGUUAGAAAAUGUAUUUCUGCAGAUUCUCAGGUGGUUGUAAUUCCAACACAACUCUAAAGUAAAAGUCAUGCGGUUGCACUCUGCCGAUAGUUUGUGUGAAAUUCUAGUUGUCUUAUACUUUUGAGCAUGUGACAAUUGUUGUGUUUUAAGCAUAAAACGGCAAUUAAUUGAAGUGAAACAAGAUCUGACACAUGAAGAACUAAUGGAAGGCUUUGAACUCGUCGGAAGAUGCAUCACUGCAAAGAGAACUUGUCCCAAAUGAGACAACAACUAUUGUUACAAAAUUGGCAACAAAGGAAAAAAAGACCUGUUCGAUUUGGCAUUUUGAGACGUUUAGGAAGGUGUUUUUAAUGCUUUCAGGUGUUGCCUACCUGCAGGUCGGUGUAUUUAAUGUAUCUUUGAUGGAGGUCAAGUUGGUUAAAGUAGUUUUUGAUAUUUGUAAGAUGUGUGUACGUGUACUUUUGGCUUGAAGCCAUAUGCACGUCUUAUCUAUAUUAGAGAGUUUUGAGAUAGUAGGAGCUGUCUACACAUUCAAUUCUCUGGUUUUUCUUGUUGCUCUCCUUCAUGGAGAAAUUAUUUUGAGAGAGAUAUGAUGGUCUAAGACUCUGAAGAAGUGACUCAUUCAUUUACAAAAAAUUUGUAGAGAGAAGAAUUUUAUUGUAAGAGAAAUGACUUCAAGAGCAAUUCAAGAAGUUCCCUAGUCUGAAUUGGAUUGUCAGUUUGCUAUUGUUGUGGUCUUGCAGGAACAACAUUAGUUUCUAGUGCAUAGGUAGAUUCAUAGGAGAUUUUUGGUGAAGAUUUUCGGAAUGAAACUUAGGUUGUUGGUUGAUAUGUUCUUAGAUGCUGGAUGAAGUAUAUAAUGAAUAAGACCUUGAUUAGAAUCUUCUAGUACAUUGCUCAAAUGUAAUAUUGUAUGUGAUGUUUUGUAAGAUAGAAUAAUAUAUUUUUAUCGAAAAUUUGUAGAAGUUGAAUAGUAGAAAUAAUAGAAUAUAUUGCCAAAUAAACAGGGAAAAUUUCAUGGAAGAAUCUUACAUCUAUGAAUUGACUUGGUCAUCACUUGUCCUUUUCCUCAUUGUACAUUUCCCUUCAGCCAUUUGCAAAUGCCACAAUUCAUACAAAUAUCACUAUGUAUACAAUCUUAAAAAAUUAUUAGUUCUUUACCUAAUCAUCUCAUCUCUUACAUUAUUAAAAUCUGCUCCAUUUCCUUUUCAUCAUAGUUUUUCCUCUUUCUGUAUUAUUAUUCCUUCCUCUCCAUGAUUUUUGACUUCUGAGCUUCACCUCCAACCCCUCCAUUCAACCUCAAAGACAUCCCCUUCAUGGGACACACAAGGAAGCCCUUAACUGAUGAGUAUGAAGUGUCCGAGGUUUUGGGUCGAGGAGGAUUCUCGGUCGUAAGAAGAGGAAAACACAAGUCUACCUCCAUUAAUGGAGGCACUCCCAAGGAUGUUGCCAUCAAGACACUCAGAAGACUCGGCCCCAUUGCCAUCCCUACUGUGUCUUCCAGUCCAAAUGCGAAAAACACUGCCCGGGCAGCCAAACAGGCUCUUGUAUCAGAUGCUCUUCUUACUAACGAGCUUGUGGUGAUGAGGCGUAUAGUCGAGGAUGUCCUGCCCCAUCCAAAUGUGAUCCAUCUCUAUGAUGUCUGGGAGGACAGUGGCGGUGUCCACCUGAUCCUCGAGCUCUGCUCUGGUGGGGAGCUUUUUGACAGGAUAGUGGCGCAGGCUCGAUACAAUGAAGCCGGCGCUGCUGGUGUGGUCAGGCAGAUUGCAGCAGGGCUUGUGGGGCUGCACCAGGCCAGGAUCAUCCACGGGGACUUGAAGCCUGAGAACUGCUUGUUCUUGAACAAGGAUGAGGAUUCCCCCUUGAAGAUUAUGGACUUCGGGCUGAGUUCUGUUGAAGAUUUUGCCGACCCUGUUGUGGGGUUGUUUGGUUCAAUUGAUUACGUCUCGCCUGAGGCAUUGUUGCGCGAUAAGGUUACGCCAAAGAGUGAUGUUUGGUCACUUGGUGUCAUUCUUUACAUUCUUCUGUCAGGGUAUCCUCCGUUUAUUGCGCAAUCGAACCAACAGAAGCAGCAGAUGAUAUUAAAUGGGCAGUUCAGCUUCUAUGAGAAAACAUGGAAGAAUGUCUCCUCAUCUGUUAAGCAACUCAUCAGCAGUCUCCUUAAAGUCGAUCCCAACUUGAGGCCGACUGCUGAUGAGAUUCUUAGACAUCCUUGGGUCACCGGAGACUUGGCGAAGCAAGAGCAGAUGGAUGCCGAGAUUGUCUCCCGGCUGCAGAGCUUCAAUGCUAGGCGUAAAUUUCGAGCAGCUGCUAUGGCAAGUGUGCUGAGCAGCAGCUUCUCGUUGAGGACAAAGAAGCUCAAGAAUUUGGUGGGGUCUUAUGAUCUAAAACCCGAGGAGCUUGAGAAUCUCAGCACGAGCUUCAGAAAAGUAUGUAAGAGUGAUAAUGCGACACUGCCUGAGUUUGAGGAGGUCUUGAAGGGAAUGGAAAUGCUAUCCCUUGUGCCAUUAGCUCCUCGGAUUUUUGACCUGUUUGAUAAUAAUCGGGAUGGGACUGUCGACAUGAGGGAAAUCAUAGGAGGGUUCUCAAGUCUUAAGUACUCAAAAGGCGACGACGCUCUUCGCCUUUGUUUUCAGAUGUAUGACACUGACCGAUCGGGUUGCAUAAGCAAGGAAGAACUCGCAUCGCUUCUAAGAGCAUUGCCCGAUGACUGCCUCCCGAUUGACAUCACAGAGCCCGGAAAGCUGGAUGAGAUAUUCGACUUGAUGGAUGCCAACAACGAUGGAAAAGUUACUUUCGAAGAGUUUAAGGCAGCGAUGCAACGGGACAGUGCGCUUCAAGAUGUUGUCCUUUCGUCGCUACGCCAAAAUUAGACCGGUAUUUAUAGUCAUACGAUGGUUUGGCUUUGAGGUAAUAUAUCUUCGUAUUAAUAUGUAACUCAUGUUGAAAUUGUUUUUGAGUUACAUUUAACUAUAUAGAAAAUAUCUUGAAUCAUAUAUUGAAAUAUAUUAAAUCACACGAAGUAUUAGAUCUCAUUGAAUGUUGUAAUAUAAAUCGACGAGGACGUCGAUGCCUCCGUCUUACGCCCAUCCAUCCCCGACGUUUCCAUCGCGAGCGGCCUCGCGGCUCAAUUCAUCAUCGAAAGUUUCUUCGAUGUUGUCGUUGAAUGGGCUCAAGAGAUCGCUCCAAAGGAGUGUCGGGUAAUACGGCCGGGUUGAUGAUGCUUGGGCACAUCUCCCAUGGAUGGUUCUCCUCCGGCAAUAUCAACGGUUGUGAGUUGCCCGACUCUUAUCAUUUAUCAACACCAACUUGGGCUUGACGCCGCUCACCAGGACCCCUUCCCUUCCUUGUUGGCGGCGGUUGUGCGCAUUUUGCACUUGUGGAUCUUCGAACACCGGAACCACAUCUGUAUUCGGCAUUUCCCCGUAUUUUGCCUCUAGCUCUCCGCAUAGAUUUCCUUUAACUUGUCCAGAUAGUUGCUUAUGUGGAAGUUAGUCAUGGCUGGUCAUAGGUUCAAAUCUUCGAUGCCUCAAGGUCAUUUGUCCACACAUGGUACAUCU